AUGAAAGUUGUUCCCGGCCAAUACCUAGCGCCGCAAAUAAAACAGGAAGGGGAUGAGAUAAUAACAUUCACUGCUGGUCCUGGGGCCACGGUAACUACAGUGCUGCGUCAAGGGGUGGAUGUGCCGAUGAUUGUCGCCACCAAGUGUGGGGACAUGAAGACUGAAGGACGCGAAAUCCUGGUGCUCCUGACUCGAGAGCAAGCCGGGGUGGUCAAGACGAUCUUACCCAAGGAAGGCGAUGUGGUGAUUGUGCGGAUAACACGGACGCUGGCGAAACAGGCGUGGUGUGAGUUGGUGAGCACCCGCGACAGCACCAACAUGCUCAGCGACGGCGGCAUUGGCGCUAACGGAUUGAUUGCUCUGGAUAGCGUACCUCCGGGGGCUGGCGCCCAGCCGUUGCUGCUGCUCCAAGCGGUGGCGCUGAGUGCGGCGUUUGGCGCCACUCUGAGAGACCUUGGUGAGCUGUAUCGUGGCGUCAUCAGAAGCCAGGAUAUUCGUAGUACUGACCGGGAUAAGGUGAAGGUGGUGGAGCUGUUUCGUCCCGGUGAUAUUGUGCGUGCCACGAUCAUUUCCUUAGGUGACGGCAACCACUACUACUUGCUGACGGCUGCCAACGACUUGGGCGUGAUUUUCGCCCGGAGCCGGGGCGGGGCUGGUGACCAAAUGAACCCGGUGGACUGGGAACACAUGAUGGACACGCGUAAGGGCGAGGUCGAGCGCAGAAAGGUUGCCAACCCCUUCCGGGUAUAA